AUGAUUUCCGUUUUACUCUUUGCAACCCUCCUCGGAUUGGCUUGUGCAACCUAUCCAACUUACACCACAGGUGGAUCAUAUCUUCCUUAUACAGCAGGUGGAAGCCAGGGUCUAGGAUUCCAAACGUCCCCUUAUUCCACCGGUGGUAUAAGAAACUUUGGAUUACAAACCUAUUUUCCCAGCACGUACAACACAUUUGGCAAUGGAUACUACCCAUCAUCAUCCUUUCUAUUCAACACUGUUUCCUAUCCAACUGUGGUCAGCCAUCAUCUGUACUUCCCCGGUGGAAACCCAUGGGAACCUGGUAGGAAUUUUAUUGAUCUGAGAGUGAACCCCUAUCCCUGGUACUUGGGAUAUUAUGGAGGACUUGGAACUGGAUUUGGAAGCACCCCUUUCCCAGGGACAUAUGGAACAUUUGGAAGUUCUUUGGGCUAUCCCACCGGAUCUCUCACCACUGGAUACCCUGGAUAUGGAUCCGGAGGAUAUUUUCCCAUCGGAAAUAUAGGAGGACAUUUUCAUAGAAGUAAGUAA